AUGUCGAAUUUUGAGUCGGGGCAGGAUGGGCUUGGUGGGCAUGAUGGGCUUGAGGAGGGGAUUUAUGGAUAUGCGGGUGCGGGUGCGUAUCCUUUUUUCGCGUUAAAUUUGGAGGGGGAGGGGGAGAGGGAGGGGGAGAGAAGGUUGGAUGGGGAUGUGAGUGCGGAUGUGAUUGCGAAGAAUGGGGAUGGGGAUGUCAGUGGAAAUGGAAAUGGAGAUCAGAUGGUCAAAUCAAGACAAAGACAACAUGUAAGACAUAUCUCUUCGGCUACGACGUUGAUAGUGGCGAGAGAGGAGGAGGAUGAGGGGGAUCUGGUGCAAGUGCCGGAGAAGGUGUUGAUUAUUGGGAAGGCUGGGGAUGGGGAUGAGAAUGGUGAGAAGAUCGAUGAUGAUGGGGAGUUGGGAUUGAAGAGGAAUGCGACGGGUUUGUCGAUGGGGGGCUUGGAGGUGUUGGUUAGAGAUGAGGAUAUAGAGUUUGAGGGUGGGGGGUUGGAGAGAUUUGGAAGUGGGAAUGGGGAUGGGAAUGGGAAUGGGAUAGAGGAGGGGGGAGAGAGGAUAGGAAAGAUUUUGAGGUGGGAUGAAGUUGCGGAAUGGAGACAGGAUAAUGAAUAUAUUCUUACUGGAUAUCGACCCGAAACCAAAUCCUCACUCCGAUCAUUCAGAAGUGUAUUUCAUCUGCACAACGAAACGGUAAACAUCCAUUCCCAUCUCAUCGGCGCAAUACUAUUCGCACUCCUCCCCAUCUAUAUCUACCACACCUUACUACCUCGCUACCACGAUGCCACGACCGCAGAUCUCGUAGUCUUCGCGUUGUUUUUUGGAGGCGUGGCGGUUUGUUUUGGAUUAAGCUUUGUAUAUCACACUCUCAAUAAUCACAGUCACCAAAUCGCAGCUUUCUGGAUCGAGCUCGAUUAUCUCGGUAUCGUGGCUCUCAUGUGGGGAAGCACCGUUGCGACCAUCUAUCACGGUUUUAUAUGUGAUGUGAAACUCCAGAGAAUCUACUGGUCUAUGAUCACCCUCCUCUCCCUCGCCCUCACCCUCUUCACCCUCCUCCCCCCCUUCCGCACCCCCUUCUUCCGUCCCUACCGCACCCUCAUGUACGCAGCCCUGGGUCUCUCGGCCGUCAUCUUCAUCGUGCAUUCGAUUAUCAUCUACGGCAUCUCGUUGCAGUAUAAACGAUUGAGUCUAGGUUGGAUAGUGGGCAUGGCGGGACUUAAUUUUGUGGGGGCCUUGGCUUAUAGUUUGAGGAUCCCAGAAAAAUACUGCCCCGGCCGCUUCGAUCUCUACGGCAAUAGCCAUCAGAUCCUCCAUUGUAUGGUUGUGCUGGCGGCGCUGGCGCAUUUCGCGGGCUUGGUGCAGAGUUUUGAUUAUUUGCAUUCGGGGAUUGAGGGGUGUCCUGUGCGGUGA